AUGUCGGAGCCGGGCCACCUGGGGAUAAAGCGGGCCGAAUCGGCGAGGCUGCGUCGGGCGGAGCAGCUGAAGCGCUGGAAAGGCUCCUUGACCGAACUGGAGCCGGUGACUCCCGCCCGGAGCCGGCACCGCGGUGGGGGCCGUGUGCGCUUCGAGGACGGCGCCGUCUUUCUGGCCGCCUGCUCCAGCGGAGACACCGAGGAGGUGAAGCGCCUGCUGGCCCGCGGAGCCCGCCUUAACACGGCCAACGUAGACGGGCUGACAGCGCUACAUCAGGCCUGUAUAGAUGAAAACCUGGACAUGGUAAAAUUUCUGGUAGAAUAUGGAGCCAAUGUAAAUCAGCAAGAUAACGAGGGAUGGACCCCACUUCAUGCAGUUGCAUCUUGUGGCUAUCUGAACAUAGCAGAGUACUUGAUAAGUCACGGGGCCAAUGUUGCUGCUGUGAACAGUGAAGGUGAAGUCCCAUCUGACCUUGCAGAGGAAGCAGUCAUGAAAGAUUUGCUUUUGGAACAAGUAAAGAAGCAGGGAGUGGAUCUUGAUCAGGCCAGAAAAGCAGAAGAACAACAAAUGUUGCAAGAUGCCCGACAGUGGCUAAAUAGAAGGAAAAUUGAAGAGAGAAAGCACCCUCGAACAGGUGCUACUGCUCUCCACGUAGCUGCAGCUAAAGACUACUGUGAGGUGAUGAGACUCUUGAUACAAGCUGGGUUUAAUGUAAAUAUUCAGGACAAUGAUGGAUGGACACCACUCCAUGCUGCUGCACACUGGGGGGUGAAAGAAGCUUGCACUAUUUUGGCUGAAGCACUCUGUGAUAUGGACAUCAGGAACAAGCUGGGUCAAACACCAUUCGAUGUUGCUGAUGAGGGAUUGGUUGAACACUUAGAGAUGUUGCAGAAGAAACAGAAUAUGCUCCGUAGUGAAGAAUCAAACAAAUUAAUUGAAGCUGAUAUGAAUGGUAAAGUUCAAAGUGGAUUUUUCAAAAACAAAGAGAUUAUUUAUGAAGCGGAUACUUUGAAAUCGUUAGAGACAGAAGAAGAGAGCAAGGAAUCUAGUAGUUCCAGCUCUGAGGAAGAGGAAGAGGAAGAAGCAGAAGAAGAUGAAGUUUCAGAGUCAGAUACUGAAAAGGAGGCAGAGAACAAAGAAGAGUCUAUUGAAAACCAUUCCAAUCAUGAAUCCAGAAUUCUCAUCACAGAACAAAUACCACCCCCAGAACAUAACACUGUUACUAUGGCUCCUGCUAGAAAAUGUAAUCCAUUGCUCAACAAGACUGAAGAACAAAAAGAUGAAUCACCAUCAUCAUGGAGGCUAAGCUUGCGGAAAACUAGCAGCCAAAAUGCACUUAGUGAGGGCAGCAUGCCCUGUGAUACUCUCAAAGAGAAAGGCAGCUCCAUCUAUUACUCUUCUUCAACCCCUCGGAUAUCUGCACUAUUAGAUAACCAAGAGAAGCAGGACAAGGAUAAUAGAAUCUAUUUUGCUUCAAUAUCCCCUCGAAGAUUAAAUAAUACAGGUGACAUUGAAGAAAAGGAAAACCGAGAAUCUGCUGUUAACUUGGUGCGGAGUGGUCCUUACUCUCGUCAACAAUGGAGAGAGGAUCCAAAGGAGAAUGAAACCCCUACAACUGGUGCACCUUCCACCUAUGUGUCUACCUAUAUGAAAAGAGCCCCUUACCGACAACAAACUGACUCUGCCACCGAGAAGAGCACAGAGGCUGUCUCCUCUAGCAUUCCAUUAAGUGUCAUAACAAAUCUCACUGUACCUGGAAGUUCCAAUGGUGUUACAACUACUAAUUCUAACUCACUGACUGGAACAGAGUCAUCUACUGGUGAUGCCAGGGAUCGAAGAAGGUCAUAUCUGACACCUGUAAGAGAUGAAGAAGCAGAAUCUCUAAGGAAAGCUCGAUCUAGGCAAGCUCGUCAGACUCGCAGAUCUACCCAGGGUAUAACACUUACAGACCUGCAAGAGGCAGAGAAAACUUUUAGCCGGUCUCGAGCAGAGCGGUUUAAUCAGGAACAGCCAAGUGAAAGAUCAGACAGGCUCAGAACUAGUGACGGAAGCUGUGGAAAACAAGAAGAUAUUGCCAGAACAGAAUCUAGGGAGUUCAACUCACCAUGGACUAGAAACGUAGAUGAAGAGUCUUCCAGUCGUCGAUUAAGAUACCUGGCACAACAAGACAAACCUACAACUGCUGUCUCUCCUUCCUUAACUUCCAGUCUUUAUUCAAGUUCUCACAUGCCCAGGACAAAUAGAUUUGUAUCUUCUGAUUCAUUGAGCUCAGCAGAUUACCAAAGCACAUCAGCUGGCAACAUGGAGAAAAAUGAAUAUGAAGAUCAGGACCUGGAUGACAGAACUUCAAACAAGCAGUCAGUAAGAGAGAGAAGGCGACCAAAAGAAAGACGGAGAGGCACUGGAAUCUCUUUCUUUACAAAGGAUGAUGAAGAAAUAGAUGGUACUGAAGAAGUAAUGGAGGACAAGCAUGAAAGGCUCUCCAGGCUGGAUUCAGCAAGUUCAAGCACUGGCACUAUUGAUACCUCUAGUGACCGACCCUCAGGCCGCAGCAGUGCCUAUACCAGAAGAGCCGCUCUCAGCAACCGAACCGAAGAUGAUAGUAUCAAGGAUUAUAAAAAGCUGUAUGAGAGUGCCCUGUCUGAAAAUCAGAAACUGAAAUCUAAACUGCAAGAUGCCCAGGCGGAACUCGCAGAUAUUAAGUCAAAAAUGGACAAACUAAAUCAGCAGAAACUGGAGAAAAGCUCAGAUCGUUCAAGCAUGCUUGAGAUGGAAAAAAGGGAAAAACGAGCCCUUGAACGGAAGCUUUCUGAAAUGGAAGAAGAGAUGAAGGUUUUGACAGAUCUGAAGUCAGACAAUCAGCGACUGAAAGAUGAGAAUGGAGCACUCAUCCGAGUCAUCAGUAAACUCUCAAAGUAACAUAUUGAACAAAGGAUGGGCAGAAAGAGGAGAUUUCUGUGCACAAGCUGUCAAUCCUGCCACCUACUUCUGAUGUUCCGAUUGAAAGAACUGCUGGCAAUUUAGCCAUGGACCAGUUGGCAACACACACAGCUCCUUGCACUUGCUGGGCAUUUUUAUUUUGCA